GUCAACACGCGACAAAACACUCGCGCGCUCAAAGAUGGCGGAUGGGUCGCCUGAGCACCGCGCCGUCCGGACACAAAUGAACGAUUUAACUUUUUCCGCGCCCGAUUCAUCACACGGUGACAUAAAAAAGUACAGUGGGCAAACUUUAGACGGCGGUACAGUGAAGUUAUCGUUCUACAAGGAACAAGAAUCGAGUGUUUCGUGUGAGAAAAGUGCUUUGAGCGGCGUGGCCGCGGACGAUACCGCGGGACUCGCCGCUACGGAUUCCCGAAAAUUGGCUGGAAGCAUCGCCGGCGACGGCGACGAUAGGAAGAAACGAUGCUUCGACAGAUACGACAGCUCCGAGUCUUCUGACAGCGGUGUGGCGGUGCUGAGUCCGACAGAGAGUGGCGGCUGCAGCAGCAGUGACAUCACCGAGCCCGGCUCGCCGCGUAGCCCCGACUCUGCGGGGGAGGACAGCGCGAGCGCGCGCAUGCCGCCCUGGGCCAGCGAGCCGGCGCCGGGCCCGCGCCGCCUCGCGGCCCAACCCGCGCCCACGCGCCGCCCCACUUCGCACCGCCGCAUCACCGAGUACUUCAACCACAAGAUGAAACCGCAGAACGGACUCAAACGCGAGGCCGAUGACAAGAAAAAGUGCCUACCCAAAAAUGGUGUCACCCACGACCUAGAAAAAUACAUCUCCUAUCUGUCUCAAACCCUUAGCCCCAAAGUAUUAUUAGACGUCGGAAAGCAAACUGACGUUAGCAAGCCUGUCUGUCAAUCCGUUAACGGUGGUGCCGAUACUACGAGCGGUACCGAAGCUAGGACGGGCGGUCAUGUCAAAGGCGUCCUCGAGUUUUGUAUACCUAAAGACAAUAAGGAUAUAGUUCAUACGACGAUGAACGGCUUUGUUGAUAUUCGACACGGAAACGACGCCAGUAAAAGGCACACAUCUGCAACAGGGCACAUCAAUGGAACUGUCAACGGCAAAAAACCUUGUUUUGAAAUGAAAUCACCGUCACUAGACCCAUCCGCCAAUGGAAUUGUCACUACCAGCAACCGUACGUCUUGUGGUGCUAAACGCAAAAUACCGAUACCGGCCAAUAACGAUCUAACAGGAAUGAGGAUAGCACCGACAUGUCCGCGUCAAUCUCCGAAAAAAUUGCCUACUCCAAAAGCUGAUAAUGCACGAAUGAAUGGAGUCGUAAGCUCGACUACGAAAUUAGAUACGAGAAUGAACGGGGUUACGUUUGGGUCAAAUAAUUUAAGUUUAAAUGUACCAUCUAAACCGUCGCAAGUUAAGAAAGAAACUGCAAAAAAGACUACAACAUCGCAGAAAAGAACCAAUCGAAAAUCUUCCGCGUGUAUUGCAAAUAGUAAAAACUUAACAUGGUCCAAAGCAAAUAAUUUGAAACAGGUACAACUUCAAAAACAAAAUUGCCCUAAUUCAGUCCAAAGCUCUGCUGCAAAAAGCAUUCCCAGCGAAGCAAAUCCUACACCAAAGAUUAAUAUUCCAAACGGUGUCCGACAAGUUACAAUGGCAGUUAACAACGGCUUAAACAAUUUGAACGUUCCCAACUUUCAAAAUUGUCAUCCAAUAAAUCUCCAACAUCCGCAACCUUGCAAUGGUACAGUGACGUCUACAAAUUUGCCAUCGUUCGUGGCGGUUCCGCAUAACGUCAUGCUCACUUCGUUACGAAUACCUCCGAAUGGUUUACCGGCACAAAAUUUAAACCAUCAGAAUGGGAUGAAUUCUUUCAAUCGACCAAACGUUAAUGUGUCCUCUAGCCCAACGAAGCUUAACGGACAAUUUCUUUUUCCUUUCAUGCAAAACAUAAACGGCACAGUCGUACAAAUACCUAACUUAAUGGCUAAAAUGCCUAAUUUUGUUAUUCCUCAAUCUACACAACUAACGACACAUAGACAAGACCAUAUGACCAACCAGCAAAUUGUUUUCAACGGAACCAUUGUGAAACUCGGCAAUAGUAUGACCGCGGCGUAUCCUGGUGUGAACAAGUCAUCCCCUGUUACCAGCCAGUCGAUGCCAAUUAUGAAUAAAAACGUGACAGGUGUGCCAACUGUCGGAAUGACAGUUCAGCCGAAAGUAAAUUACACGGUUAAUUUAAGUCAUCCUGUGUUAGUGCCACAACCCGGUUUUAUUGUUACUUCUGUGCCAAAUAUCAACGUGAAGGAAACGUGGAGUAGUUCAAGUACGCACCCAGCGACGUCCACCCAAGCGACAUGUUCUAAUCCUAUAGUACAUCACCCGCCGCCGAUGGUUGCCAACUUUACAACGCAAACGCUGCAUUCGAGUAGUAUACCCAUUGCGCCUGUCAAACCUCCCGACAAUCCGAUCCAAGGCACGGAUCCACCUAGCAGUACAGUUAAGGAAACCGAAUUUAUAAAUGUUAAAGAACAAAAGUGUGAUAUUCCCUGGCUAUCCAAAACUGUUAAUAAUAAUUUUGUUUCCUUGAAUGCAAACAAGAUAACUUCAAGGCCAUUCGCACAAGUCAGUAGUUUAUCUGAGAAGUUAGAAGAAUUAGCCCAAAAGGAAAUGGCGGGUAUAAGGUUAGAAAAUAAAAAUAUUGAAAAAAGGCCUCCGGACUUAAGAGAACUAUUAUCUUUAAAGGAACAGAAAAAAGUAGAUGAAGUAGCGAAAAGGGAAGAUACUAUUUUUACACAAAUCACAGUUUUAAAAGACGUAUCAUCAAACGUCGAAAGUGCUGUGAUCGAAGCGAACUUUUGUUCGGCGACGACGGAAUCGUCAGAGUCUGGGAUCGGAACAGACAAAUCUUUAGAUUCGCCAAGUGACUCCCAAGCGAGUAAAGAAUGUGACGACGAUUCCUCUUUAUCUUUAAGCGUUAGUGUUUGUUCUAUGGACGUGCAGAGUAGUCAAAAGAGUCCUAUUCUAAAACAACCCAAAACACUCCGGUUCCCACCAAAGAACAGCAGUAGCAAGCCGCAUAAUGAAAAACGGAAAUCAAGUACAGACACCACGUCUUCAGUGACCAUCUGUUUGUGGACAAACUGCAAAAGAGAACUGGAAAGUGAUACAGACCUCUUAGAACAUAUACAGCGAGUGCACGUGGAGUCGCAGGCGGGGCGGGAGAACUACGUGUGCGAAUGGGAGCGCUGCAAGGUGCGCGGCAAGCCGUCCUGCUCACGCUUAUGGCUGGAGCGGCACGCGCUCUCGCACGGCGGCAACAAGCCCUUCAAGUGCAUCGUCGACGGCUGCGACCGCCGUUUCUCCACUCAGAUAUUACUGGAGCGGCACGUGAAUAACCACUUCAACGAGGCGUCACCUAACACCAGCGGCAGCAAAAAGACCACCGAGACCUCCGCCAAGCUUAUACGACGGAAUGGAAAGAAACUGCGAUAUAGACGACAACCGUGGUCUGCGCGUAUGUUCGACUUCUUCGACGCGAGCACGAUGGAGGGUCUGGCGUGGCGACUGUCACGCAGCACGCGCUGGCGGCUGGGCGGCGCGUGUCCGCUGCGCGAGCCCGCUGGCGCGCACACGCUGACGUUGCACGCCAUGCUCGCUGCAACACGAUACAACGCAGCAGAGCGCCGCCGCGAGGCCCUGCUCACAUACUACCCCCCACACGUUAUCGAGGACGAGUGGGUGCCGGAGAAGGAGGUGCGACGGGUGAAGCGCGUGGAGAUCGCGACGCUGCCCGUGCACACCAAGGUGCUGCUCUACGACCAGUUCUGCAACUCCUACCGCAAGACUCCCUCCCCGCCCCCCGCACCACCCCCACCGCCAACGCCGCCCCCGCAGCGUCUGCUGCCCACUCGACACUGCACCUCCUCACGACUGCUCAACAACCUCCUUGCCAAGAAGAAGAAAGAAACACGAAACGAGUGCAGCGAGGCAAACAUCCCCAUGCUGUUCAUCGAAGAAGAGAAGGAGAAGGUGGAAGUGAGCGGCGCCAAGAAGAGGAAGAUGGGCAGGAGAUACGGCGGGAACUCUUUCUGGCCCUGCGGACGAUAAGUUAGCGAUACUCUCCGCCCGCGCCCCUCGCCCCGCACCCCGCAACCUGCACCCCGCACCAGCCUGCGGAUAUAUGUACAGAUAUAUUGACAGAGGGUUAAAGUGAGACGAAGCAGGGCGUGGCUCGGGGCGGGUCGGAGCGGGGCGGGGGGCGGGGCGGGGCGGCGCUAUCCGACCUUAGAAUAAUUCGCCAAAGAUUCGCGGAGCGGGCGCGGUGCGGCGAGCACUUAGUUUGUCGAUAGCAGAGUUAAAUUACAAAGACUGAUACUUUAUACGAGACGAGGCCGCGCGCGAGUCGGAGCGUUGUCGCGUCGCAUUCGUGUCGUAUCGAACAAAUGUUGUACAUAGCUAGUGCGAAAUGUAAAAAGAAGAGUUUAAGAUAAUCUAGUUUUCGAUUCGGAAGUUAGUCUGAAUAGGCGUAAGUUAGGUUAAGUCGUGUCGACCAGCGAUAGGAAUCACUGCCAAUUUGUAAUUUGUAAAUAGUACAUAAAGUUAGUCGGUUUUUAGUUUGUGCUCCGGGCCGUCGUCGUCGACGUUAGUCGGCGCGAGUCGGGCGCGAGUCGGUCGCGGGGUUUGGGUGUUGUUUAGUUAGGUUUUAGUGUGAUCAUACAAAGUACGUCGCGCCCACGUGAUCACCAAGUGCCUGACACUCACGACUUAGUGUUCAAUUUACAUCGGAUUUUCAUUCGUAUCGGAGGAAAAUAGCUUUUAACUUAAGUCGUUUAGGGUCGACUUUAGGUCGCGAACGGCCACUGCCAUGGGGAGUUGUGUCUAGCUGUAGUGUCGCGUUGGCGACUUUAUCUUAGCAAUAAAUUGAUUGUGAUAUAGGACGACUAGUAUUCGUUGCCGCGCACAAUUUUUGACCGGUUUACAGACAUACAUAGAGAUAUACAAUAGAUAUAUGUUCGUGCGAAUGACUUCAUUGGUAAUGUUGAAUUUUAUAAGUAUUUGCGUAUGUUGUGACGUUUGUAGCUGAUACCACCAGUUUGUACGGUUCUUAGAUUCCUCGCUAGAGGGGACAUUUAUCAAUUUGUACUUUUAUAUAAAACGUUAAGACAACUCCGUGAAUAUUUAUCUUUAACGAGAAACAACGCGAGGUAAAGUACAAAAUUUUAUAUCUGUGUAUUUACGUGUACUGUCAAAUUAUAUGUAAUUUAUUUUCAAUUUUGUAUCGCACUGAAGUACGGCAAUGUGCUUACUAGUUCUUAUGUCAUUGUAAUAAGGUUCAAAAUAUAUGAAAUUUUAAACAUAUUAAUUGUCUGAUGCCGCGUACUAGUUUGUUACAGUUUUGAAAAUAAAGAGAUAUCAGUAUUUGUCUAUAUCUUUGUGUGUAACAAAAAAUUAUUAUUGAAAUAAUAAAAGAUUUAUUAAUUGAAGUAGGUUUUAUAUGUUUUAUUUUAUAUGAAACAUUUUGUACAACUUUUAAAAGAUGACUAUUAAAUAAAUAUUAUUUGUUUGAAAUGUGAAAUGACAGUUUAAAGAAUUGUAAAUUGCAAUAAUUUUUGUACCGAGCUGUGAAUCGUCACAUUGUAAACUGUAUUUGGUUAUUAAUGUCGUCCGAAUGUCAAUGAACACCAAUAUAAAUGUCAAUAAUGUUGGCUGUUUGUCCAUAACAGUAUAUUUAGAGUGUAGUUUUUAAAGAGUUUUUGGAUGCCCUUAUACAGACUUCGUUCAUACCUUUAUAAGGUGAUGAAUAUAAGAAUUGUGUUCUGUGCUCACACGAUCUCGCUAGGAUGUUUAGUUAGUGCCUCUAGGUUUAAGUUAGGAUGAAUUGCGCGCAAGGUGUCGACACACCGAAGCGAUUGCUCGGACAUUCGCUUUAUUCGUACGAUGCGAGUGUAUCAGUUUGGUGUAGCGUGUUACGGCCCUUAGUUUUAAUACGGAAUUGUAAAGUUGAAGGUUGCGGAGGGGAUAGGAUUGGCUAUGUAGGUAAAUGUUGGUAAAUGUCCGGCGCUCGCCGAACUUUUAGGAUAAAAAAGGGAAUCGCGUUGGGUAAUGUUCGUGGCUUGCAAACGAGACUGGUCUCUAAAGCGAAAAUUAAGCCGUUUUGCAAUAACGAACCCUAUCGACACUGUCACACGGUUGAAAUUUGCAUUAAUAUGCUAUUUAAUAAAAAAAUUAAGAUAAAAUUUAAAAUGAAUGAUAAAAUUAGAAAAUGUGCGGACAGUGUCGUAGGAAUGCCCCCAAAGAAAGUGGAUUAGGAAAAAUUGUUUAGUAGUAAAGUUGGUGCCUGAACGUCGCUUGGGGAGGUAACACAUCGUACACUAAAAAUACGCACUUCGCUUGGAAUAUCUUCCAAUGUACUGAUUUUUUUUUUUAUUAAAUUUAAAAUGUAGACUUAUUCGCAGCACUGAUUAUAGUGCCAUAUAAAUAUUGGCUCAGUUUCCUUUUAAAACUAAUUUUUUAGUCAAAUUCGACACCAAAAUUAUAAAGACAAAAAUUAGUCGUUUUGAAACCUUAACUCUAUGAUCUCAAAUGUAUUGGCGGGACGGAAACCUUACUGUGCCUGAGCUCGUCUCCAAUGCUAACGGCAAUAAUUUUUCUUUUUUAUAUUAAUUAAAGUAACGCUGUAUUGAUACUUGAAUGUUAUUCGCUCAAUAUCAAAGGAGUCAUUUGAUUAUCGUUCACUAGGCGCAGGUGACAGACGUUUGGACCUAGAUGCUUGAGUACAAAUUAAUCUUCUCUCUCGCUCGAUCGCCGUACGUGCGAAAGAGGCCAACGUAUCGAGACGACAGAAGAGUAAUCUAGCUCCGAUAAGUUAGUUUAAGCGGUUCGAUUAGGUUAUCCAGAGGAAUAUUUUGUGAAAAGCUAAUCUAAACGUGCUUCUAAAUUAUAUCUAAAUGAUACGUUAGUGUAAGUGACGAGAACGGGAUAUAUUUUUAUCACUGCCGCAGUUACGGUGGGCGUGGUUAGUGCGUGCGCGUGCGUUGUGGGCGUGCCCUUACGUUGACUUGCUCAUAGAUUUGUUUCCUUCCCUCCACCGGCUCAUUCGCCCGAAUGGCGACGUUUGUUUUUUUUUUCUUAUAACUAAUAUGGAUCGAGCAUGGAAGCCGCGACAUACGGUUGAUUGUAAAGGCGUGAAACACAUUACGACUGCGCGCGUUGUACAAAGCACGGGCUGACCGCGCACCGGGCGGCAUUGAGAUUGUAGUUAAAUGGUAGCUUAAUUUAGAUACAGGAUGAUCGAUAUGCGUCGAUGUUUUUAUUACAAAAGUCUAUUGCGUUAUACAUCGUUAUAUAAAUAUCCGACGCUUGUAUGAACGUAAAUAACAUCGACGUUGGUCGAUCUUGCUUAUUUAGGUGUUGUAUUGUGAGGUGAAGGUCAGCGCCGGGUGUAAAUAGCUAAAGUAUUUAUUGAUAAGUAUUACAGUGGCUGUAAUGUGUUUCGCGCCUGCUCCUGCGCCUGCGCAGCGAGCGGGAGGUCGUGGGAAGUCGCGGGUAGGCUAAUGGUAGUGUACUCGAGAUGUCUUUCAAUAUGUUUCCUAUAUAAUGCGUUUAUUAUAUGAAUGUUCUCCUUUAUUGUAAAUGUUCAAGCAUACAUAGUGAGUGUUGUACCACGUGGUGUGCACUACUUAUAUUCAAUUUGUAGAUAUUUUAAUUAUAUUAUAGUAUAAUGUUUUAUGCGUUGUCUUAUUUGCUUAUAUCCUCGAUGGUGAAAUCCGAAAAUAAUUAUAAUUUGACCCACGGAGCUCGGUGUCGGUUGGGAGAUCUACCUCAAUUAAUUUAUCACAACUUUGGGCAUAAUAAUGAUAGCGAAUGUUAUUUUAUAUAUUGGACAUUGGAAUUUGUUCGACCAAAUGGUUGUUUAGUUUUUUUUUUUAAUAAUUGGAAUAAUGAAAUGGUUUGUCCACAUGUCACAAGUAUUGUAUCUUAUAUUAAAUACAUAUUGUAUGAUUGA